AUUAGACGGAAACAAAUAGCAUGCAAUCUAUCUUGGUUUAUCGGUCGUAACGCACCGUGAGAUUUUGUAAUCGCGUAUUACGUCAGAAUAGCAUCACUAUAUACAAGUGAUUUCGGUUGUUAUGUAUUCAUAUGUAACUGUCGAUAACUUGAGCGGAAAAUCAGUAACAUUUAAACUGGAUUAGGAGUCGAUUUAAAGGUAUAUUCACAGAGGCUUAAAACCCGGGAUAAAACAUCUGAAUACCCGGAACUGCACGGAUGCCAGUUCCUAUUACUUCUACAGCGGCGUAGAUAACCUCCAAACAUUGGGGAGGCGGUCUAGUUUCUGUACUGGGAACAUAAAGGGUGUUCAGCUUCUUAAAUGGCCAACGCUGCACAGAACCAACAUAAUCUCGGGGAAAAUGAUGAAAGAUGGAGAAAUGUUCAGAGUUUACGAGAGCUGUUCCAUGGCCGAUUCUCGGAACGAGAGGCGGAGACAAUCAUAAACCAUUUUCACGGGAACUUUCAACAAGCAGUUAAUUUUGGGUUCGAAGCAACUCAGGCUGAAAUUGAAGAUGUGCUGGGAAACGGUGAUGGAUGGCAGUUAGUAAUAUACGUACGUCAACAUCAGGUCGUGCAAGACCUGAACCGUAGAUACGAAAUUACGAAAGAGAUCCGCCAGUUCAGUUGUGGCCUUUGUAACACCAUGUGGUGGCGGAAAGUGCCGACCAGAAAAAUGGUUUCAAAAUGUAGGACGUGUAAAAAACGCAAGAAGGCACUUCCACGUGAUAAAGAGUGGGGCUGGGCUAGGUUUAAUUGCGUUUGCGGAAAUGAGUACCAUCAUUUUGGAGCGAUGGACAUCAGAAUGUUGAGAGGCAGUAACGGUGUCCAGCUAUCAGGAAAGAGCAAGAGCUUGUGUUUCCGAUGUAAUCAGUAUUUGGUGGAACCAACGGAGAUUUUGCCGCCUCGUCGACGCCCUAGACGAAGCCUUCCCAAAGGCGCUCACUGCACAGCAUACAAUUGCUAUAAGCGAUACAUUCCUACCGUGCCGGAGCCCAUCGUACCAGUGUGCGUGCACCCAAGGUCUCUCCCUAUAACCGUGCUCGUAGCUGCCAACAGCCACACCAGCACCGGGUCCACUGUGGACACGUUCAUGUCCCAGGAUGAUCUGAUCACCGACAUCAACCCGUACGAGCCACGGUUUGCUGAUAUUGAUGAAGACGGUGACGAGGGUUGAUAUUGAAAUCAUAGGUUGAGAGUCUGUUGAAUACUAUAUAAAACAAAAUGAAGUUUCGUUUGAUUGUUUUUUAUUCAGUGAUGUUUUUUUUUCAGUGAUAUUAAUAAUGUAUAUCGCAAAAUUAAUCUUUUUUUUAUUUAAUAUCAAGUUUAUUUAUUUUUUCAUAUUGUGUCUGUCUAAGCUUUUUAACAUAAAUAAAGUAUUACUUCGAUUAACCAUAUAUAUAAACAAGUGAUCUCUCAUGUAUAUGAAUUGUUAAGCUGUGUCGCAACAAAGCUUUCGGCUUAUGAAAAAGCAUGUUACUUGAAAUUGUGUAUUUAAUGCAAAUAAAAACAUUGUAAAUAAGUCAGACAUUACAAUAAAUUAUGUAUCAUGAUUAUAAAAUUAUUUGUAUUGAUUUAAUUUUUAAAAUAAAAAUAAUAAUUUGUAA